GCUGGCAAUACGAGCUCCAGUCGCAUCCAGCAUGGAGGCCCGGGCGAUGCUCGCAUUGGUCGCGGCGGUCAGCUCCGCCGCCAACCUCGCCUCUGCAGACAUCGCCCUCGUUGGUCCGUACACUGCGGACAUGUUAGAGCUUAGCGCCUGCGACGAUGGGGAAUACCCAGGCAUUUUGGUCAACAUUUCACAGACCGUGGACGAAGAAACCAAUGAAACUACAAACACAGGAGCCAUCACUUUGCACUACGACAUUUUUGCGGACGACUUCGAGAUGGAGCUCACGGUAUACAGGUGGGGCAGUACUGGUGGAUGGUAUUUAGACUACAGCCUGCAAUUCGACAAACCAUUCGAGUAUCUGAAGUCUAACUUCCCCACUGUCUUCGAAACUCUUUUCGUGGAUAUAGGCUUCAAAGACAAGCCAGUAUCUCCGGGGACCUACUACUUUCAUCGAUUAAUGCCACGAGGAGUCAGAUUAAAAAGAUUCGACCUGCUUCCUUAUGGGAAGUACAAACUAUAUUUAAAAGGUCUGAAGGACGGCAAAACAGUGACCUGUAUAAUGAUGAUCUGCACUGUCAACGAAGCUGCGUAUACAAAAGGAGUUGGAUGGAAGGCACUGUUUUAAAAGUAUG